AUGAGCUCGGCAGAGCCACAACAGCGCGAGCCGCGCUCGGUCAAGGUGACGUAUCUUGCAGCCGAGCGUCUGCGCGACGCCAUUGAGCGCGGUGCCUUUCACCCAGGCGGCGCCGGUCUGGCGUCGCGAAACGGCAACAACAGCGCCGGAACGCCUCUGUCCUAUGGCGAGGCCGUCCGCGAAGCCCUCGCGUCCUACGUCGAGUGCGGCCGCCGCGUCCAGGACCUGGCCCUCUUCAGUACCAACGAGUCCGUCGAGGACAUUUCGACCGCCCACCUGCCCUACCUGCUGGUGCCCUACCGCAUCGCCGAGCUGUCUCUCAAGCUGCCUACCGCCCAGCCGGGCCCCCCCGAACGCCGUGCCGUGCUGAAGCAGGCCCGCGAGGCCUACGAACGGUUCCUGCACCACCUGGAUGGGUACGGCUUGCUGACGACGCCGUACGCGCGGCUGCUGCAGGCGUACACGGAGGACCCCACGCACUUUAGCACACUGGGCCCGACGGGUGGGAUCGGGACGUCGACUGCCUCGAGCGGCGGAGCGGGGAGUGGGUUGGCCGGCCUGGCCGACCCGGCGGCGCGACGCAACGCCAAGAUUGCCGCGUUCCGCGCGGAAAAGGAGCUGCGAGACAAGCUGGACGUGCUGCGGCAGCGGCAGCAGCAGCGGCGGGAGUUGUCGCGGCGGCGGCGGCAGCGGCUGCGGGUUGUCGACGGCAGCGAGGACAAGACGGGCGACGCGCCGGUGGAGGGUAGCUCAAGCCUGAACGCGGAAGCGGGCGUCCACGACGAGGAUGAUGAAGAGGAUGACGGUGACGACGACGAAGGCGACGACGACGAAGAGGAGGCCCGCAAGCUUCACCUCGCGGCGCUCUUCUACAGUGCACACAUGGCCUUCCAGGGCCUGGAGGGCAUCAAUGUGGAGGACGACAUUCUGGCCAAAGCACCUGUUCCGCUGAUGCCACACGGCAGCCAUGGCCCGUCGGCGGGCGGGCUCGGCGACAACCGGCAGCGACCGGCUGGGGCCACCGAAAGGGGUGGCGGUGACCUCACCCGCGUCGACGACCUCCGCAACAUGGGCUCCACUCCCGUGCUGCGCCGCCUCCAAAGCGCCCUGGCCGGUUCGCCCACGUGGGCUGGCUCCGUCAACCCGGGCGGCAGCGGCCCCUUGUUGUCCAAGGACGGCAAGCCCAAGCAGCCCUUUACCAUCCUGGGCAGCCGUGCCGAGAUGGCCAAGAACGUGUUCCGCCCGGGCCACAACCUGCCGACCAUGUCCAUCGACGAGUACCUCGAAGAAGAGCGCAAGCGCGGCGGCAUCAUUGAGGGCGGCGGGCCCAGCAGCGGCAUCCCGCCGGUGCCAGACGAGGACAACUACGAAAAGGCCGACGCCGAGACGAUGAAGCAGCGUGCCUGGGACGAAUUUACGGAGGCGAACCCCAGGGGCGCAGGCAACACGCUGAAUCGGGGCUGA